GUCGCAUUAUUAUAGAAUAAUGGACAACUUUGGAUUCGUGAGGGAUGAAUCGUAUUUUGAAAACUUUGUUGAAAAAUUUCGUCGUGGUUCACCUAUCGUCGAAAUACAGAAUAUUCAAAGAUAGAACGAGUUCGAGUUCGGCUCGGGUGUGAUGUUAAGUUGCACUGGAUAAUUUUUGGAUUUAUAAGUUACGUGGUUAAUUAUAUCAGCAAUAUAAAUAUUUUUUGUUGAAAGUAUAGUUUAACCUGGAGUUUUGGAGUCAGAGAAAUUGAGGACAUUUGGAGUCAUGUACUGUUCUGAAGAAAGUAUCCUGCUCAGGGGCGAGCUUCCCUCAACCAGGCGCUUCAGUAAGCAUCUAUGUUUUGAACUACAUAUCAACACAGACCGCGGGAGAAUCCUGGUUGCUGUUCAGGGGGACACUAUGAAACCAGCUAUCGUGACCUACCACGACUUGGGGCUCAACUACUUAAGUUUCGAGUCUUUUUUUAAUCACGAAGACAUGCAAGAUAUUUUGGACAACUUCUGUGUCUACCACAUGAAUGCGCCUGGGCAAGAGGAAGGUGCUGCGACUCUGCCGGAAAAUUACACUUACCCAACGUUGGAUGAGCUCGCAAGUCAAAUAAAAUAUGUUCAAGCCCGGUUUGGUUUUAAAACAUUCAUCGGUUUGGGAGUCGGAGCUGGUGCAAAUAUCCUCGCUAGAUACGCUAUAAACAACCCAUCAAAGAUGGAGGGACUGGCGCUGAUCAACUGCACGUCAACACAGCUAGGUUGGCUGGACUGGGCCUAUUUUAAAAUGACGUGCCGAAUGAUGCGUAGGCGCGGCAUGUGCGAGUCCGCUGUCGAAUUCCUGCUCUGGCACCAUUUCGGAAGGAUACCAGAGGAAUGUAAUCCAAAUGUAGUGUCGAAGUAUCGUUACCAGUUCGCAAACAUUCCGAACCCAGUAAACGUGGCGAUGUUCAUAGAUGUUUUUGGGAAGAGGCAGGACUUGCGCCUUUCUCGCGAUAGUGCGACCAUGCAGAUCCCUGUCUUGAACAUAGUUGGUGCCCUGUCGCCAUUUGUGGAUGCUACGGUCACGUUUAACAGCCGCCUCGAACCUUCUAUGUCUGCUUGGAUGAAGAUAUCUGACUCCUCAAUGGUGCUUGAAGAAGAACCCGGUAAAGCGGCUGAGGCAUUCCGUCUCUUUUUACAGGGCGAAGGCUACGUGUCACCGAUACCCAAGAAAAUAUUAUUACCAAGAAAUGACAGCAUUCACUCUGGUGAUCGUCGUUCUUGUCGCCACUCGCCAGUAAUCCGUAUCACUGAAAACCCUAUUUCAGAAGCUGUUGCGUGUUAGACGCUAAUUGUCCUAAAACUGUUAUCCACUAGAGCGAUAAAAUGCGGGGUUAUAUGAAACAAGGCGAAUAUAAAAAAAUGCAAAAAUUUAAAUUAUACGAUACAAAAUUUAUGGGAUAUCUGUUAGUCUUCUUUUGUUUAGUCUCAAAUGAAAUGUUCGAUAUUUCCUCAAUCAAGUAUUUUAUUAUUAUUUAAAUUGAUUAUUUUUUUAAAGAUGAAAUAUACGACUCUAUCCCUCAA